AUGAGCGACAACCCCGGCCUGCGCCAACGCGCCCCUGCAGGCAGCUCACGUGCCUCCGGAAGCAAAGACGAUAAGGACAAGGACGCCGAGCUGCAGAAUUUCAAGCCCGGCCGGAACCCCUUCGUCACAUCCUUUUUCCUGUUCAUCUUCGUGGGCGUCACUUGGGCGCUUGCCAAUUAUUACGGGAGGGAUCCGGUGGUAGAUCCGCUGGAUUAUGCUCUGAGGACCGAAAACGUCCUCAAGUCAACGCCGCUGAUUGACGGGCAUAAUGACCUCCCGUACUUGCUCCGGCUGGAGCUGCGGAACAAGAUCUACAACAAAGAGAAGUUCACCUUUCGCGAGCACAUGGCAAGCCACACGGACCUGGUCCGCAUGAAGCAAGGCCGAGUAGGAGGCCAGUUCUGGUCCGUCUUCGUCGAGUGCCCCGACAUCGAGGACCUAGACGACCCGACGCACAUCGUGCGCGACACGCUGGAGCAGAUCGACGCCACCAAGCGCUUCAUCGAGGACGUCGACGAGCUGCACUUCUGCGACACGUCGACGUGCGCGCACUCGGCCUUUACGCGGGGCAAGAUCCCGUCCAUGCUCGGCGCCGAGGGCAUGCACCAGGCCGGCUCGUCCAUCGCCGUCCUGCGGCAACUGCACGAAUUGGGAGUGCGAUACGUGACUAUCACGCACAACUGCGACAACCCGUUCGCCACUGCUGCGUCGACCGUCACGGCGACGGGUAAGGACGGCGGACUGACGCCGUUCGGCGCUGCUGCCAUACGAGAAAUGAACAGGCUCGGCAUGAUGGUGGAUCUCUCGCACACCUCCCACGACGCGAUGCGACAGAUCUUGGACCUCACCAAGUCGCCCGUCAUGUUCAGUCACAGCGCAUGCUACGGGCUAGCCCAGAACUACCGCAACGCGCCAGACGACGUCAUCGCGCGCCUGAAGGACAACGGCGGCGUGCUGAUGGUCAUGUUUGUCAAGCGCUUCCUGAAUGCCGAGGAUCCGGAGGCGGCAGACCUCGAGACUGUCAUCGACCACAUCAUGCACGUCGUCGAGCUCGCGGGCUGGGACCACGUCGGUAUCGGUGGGGAUUUCGACGGCACCGUUACCCUGGCUAGGGGUAUCGAGUCUGUGGCUGACUACCCGAAGCUUGUGGAGGCUGUCAUGAAGAGGGGCGCGACGGAUGAGCAGGUGCGGAAGUUGGUGGGGGAUAAUAUACUCAGGGUCUGGCGCGAGAAUGAGCGCGUUGCGGCCACGCUGGCUGAUCAGCUGCCCGUGGAGGAUGUCUGGGAGGACAGGACGUGGACGAGGUGGAAUAACCCGUUGCCGGUCAUGAUCCCGGGCAAUCCUGACCGGGUCCGCGGGGCUGACUAUGAGUAA